AUGUUUGUUAAUGAUCAUGGUUGCCAAAUGGUUGGUUAUAGUUCAUUCAUGUAUAACCAUCCGUUAUUUCAUCCGUCAAGUAAUGGCUUGAUUCCGGAUGCAUUAUAUAAAGCAACACCUGAUAUGGAAAUUCCUGUCAAAACGGUCGGUAAUGAGCAGUCUUCCUGUUCAUCUGCUGGAUAUGAUGAAAUGAACUGCACGCCAAGACAGAAUUCUCAUUCAGUCAAUUCAAACGCGAAUAAAUCAAAUGCGAAUAACG